AAGACUCAAAUGUUCAGAUUCAUUUCUAGAUAUGUUCGACGCAUUUUUAGUUUUAAUUUUCAUUGCAAUAAUUGCAAUUACAACGGGUCAGAAUAUAUUUAAAAAUGAAAAUUCACCGGGGGAUGAUGCAUUUUUUCCAAAUGAAAUUUCACGUUCAUAUCGUCAAGGAAAAUUUUUUCCAUUUUUUAGUGUAGUACGAUUUGCAAAUUCAGAGUGUACCGGAAGUCAUACUUUAAGUGGAACAUGUUUUACAAAACGAGAAUGUGUAAAUAUGAAAGGUGUCGAUUCUGGAUCGUGUGCAAAUGGUUUGGGUGUUUGUUGUGUUUUCGAAAAAACUUGUGGAUCGACGACAAAUAUUAAUAAUACGUAUUUUAUAAAUUCGGAAUAUCCUACGAGAUAUUUGGGUGGGGAGCAGUGUUCGAUUUCUGUUUCCAGAUGUAAUUCAAAUAUUUGUCAGUUACGUAUAGAUUUUAUUGAUUUACGACUCGCUCAACCAAAUGCAAAUGGAACUUGUGAUAAAGAUGUUGUAUUAAUUUCUGGAGGAUCAUCCAAAGUUCCAAGACUUUGUGGCGAGAAUACUAAUCAGCAUGUUUAUGUUGAUUUUAAUGCCGAUAAUCCAAUAACGAUUUCAAUUCACACGAAUGCAGAUUUUAGUUUUGAUGAUCGACGAUGGAAUUUUAAAAUACAACAAAUUGCUUGCGAUUCUUCAUUAAGAGCUCCAUCAGGAUGCUUGCAAUAUUAUACCGGCAUUUCAGACACAAUAAUGAGUUUCAAUUAUGGGAGUCUUGUAAAUACUAGAGCUCAAUCAGUUGGAUCACGACAAAUGGCUAAUUUAAUGUACGGUGUUUGUAUAAGAAUGGCUUUAGGAUAUUGCAGUAUUGAAUGGUCUGAAUCCAAGACAAAUUCAUUUUUAGUCACUGGAAAUCUUGGAGCAAUACCUGUUAAUGAUCCAGAUCCAAAUGUAGGCGCUGAAUCUGGUUCAGAUUGUGAUAAAGAUUUUGUUAUUGUACCAAAUCCUUAUGACGAAACGGGAACAGCUUUAAAAGCUGACAGAUUUUGUGGAACUAAAUUUGUCACUAAAUCCAGUAGUCUAAAACCUUUCGCACUUUAUGUUGUCACUAACGAUAAUUUUAUGGGCAAAGUUCAAAGCAAAGGAUUUUCGUUAAAUUACAAACAACAAACUUGUGCCGUGUAA